AUGCGAAGCGGCAACUACGUGCCGGUAACUUGGCUCGGCGGCCUCCGAAUCCUUCAUAAGCCGGGCGACGAUGAAGCGGGCCUUGGUUCUUGGUUGGACCCAUUGGCUUCGAUUUGCCCAGAAGCCAAGUAUAAGCCAUUCAGCUGUAUUGAUCGAAAAACAGCCAAUGCUAUCGGAAGCGACAGGAGCGGCGCAGCUUGA